GUAUGAGCCCGGCAAUUUGUAUCGAACGCGAACAGUUGCUUUUGUCGAAACACAAAGGUCAUAAAAGAUUACGACUCAAGCCUCAAUAAUGAGGCGUAAAGUAUACAUUGAUAGUAGACCCCAUAGCCUCAAUACGAUAAAACGAGGGUAACAAUGCGCUAUCAGUGCAGUUGUGACUGCCUCAACAACGUAAUCUCGCUCUCAAUUAAAUCAAGAGGUCGGAGAGUUAUGUUUUGCCAGUUGGUCAGGGCCUUAAUUGGACUCUUCGAAGGGAGCCCAAGUUUCAAGUUGGAAAACGUGCGGGUUACGACUUUCAGUGCAGACAGGAUGCUAUCCUCGACACAGGAUGCACUUGGGGUGGAAUUGUCACGACUGGCCUUGAAAUACGCCCCACCUCGUUCACCGGAUAUAUUCCUGAGGGAGACUUCCGUAAGAGGGGAGUGCCAGUCGUUCUGGUGAUACCUGACAUGGACUAGAAAAUCGGUGGAUCGGGUACUCGAAGGUCAAGUGAAAUUCCGGUAAAAUAAUUGAUCAUUCUCUCUGGAGAAUUAAACGAUCAAUAAUUUUUCAUUAAAAAAAACGUUUGAUUCAUAGGAAAUCACAAAGAAUUAAUGGUUCCCUGAAAAUUCCAAAAUUUCCUUGAAUUCCUUUCACUCAAAUCGGAUUCAAUGGUGGGACCAUUAACCCGUCUGCCAUAUUUUGCAUAAAGUUGUAAAAAAUUUGAAAAAACAUAAUAAUGUUUAGUCGAGUUCGAGUAGAUUCGAAUGAGGAAAGUUCUGCGCUUUGAUCAUCGUUCCGUCGGGACCUAAUUUUACCCCAAGGAUAGAAAAACAUGGAGACGUUUACGAGGUAUCGCCCACGCGAUUCAUCGAUUGGUCAGGAUAAACAUGAAGAAGGUGAAGAAUAACAUUGGAGUCCGGUUUACGAGGCUUUGAAGAGCGAAUCAAGCGGAGAAAAUUUGGCUCCGGUCGUGCUCUUAUCAAACUUCAGCGGUUGGUACGCAAUCAAUACGGAAGUAGACAUCCGGUCAGGGUUCGCUAGAAGUUCCUGAUUGUUUUCCUAAAAGGUAACGGUCGAGGAGAUUUCGAGAAUUUUCACUGAGUUGACAUGUUGAAUUAGUACUGAUCAGUGAUUACACAGACGAAAAACUUUCAUUAAUAUUUACUUAUCAAUUCCAGUAGGGCCUGUUGGUCUGAUAACUUUUCAUCUUGUUUAUAUUAGUUUAACGAUACCCUUGAGAUUGAUUGUGUAAUUCAUUUUGCCUAUC